UAUGUUCACUCCACCUCUUCCGCUCUCGGUUAUUAGCAAAACAGCUCGGCAUGCAACUUAGCAUAAACAGCUCAGUUUUCUCACUAGUCUGACAAACUAAAUCCACUUCGACCAGUAAGAAAACACUUGGUGUAAUGUUUUUUCAACGUGGAUGAGAAAAAAUAAAAUGCGCUGGCAUCCUAACGUUAGCUGAGCAUGCUAUGCAACUAGCUAUCGUUGUGUAUCGUUAGCUGUGAUGGCAGCACCAACACCUCCACAGAUUUCUGCUCCUGUGUUAAGUCUAAAGCAACGCAGGGCUGCCCUGAGGAAGGAGAGAAGGAAACGUAAACGCCAGGCUCUUGCCCAAGCCAGAGAAUGUGAUUUGAAAAAUGGAGCAAGCCAUACUCUUGAAGAAGAGGAAAUAAAUGAUGAAGAUGACGAGAGUAAUGAUAUUGCUGAAGUCGAAAGACUGCGGUUACAUGAAGAGUGGUUGGAAAAAGAGAGGCUUGCCCAGGAGGAAUUCAGGCUGAGAUGUGAGAGGGAGGAGGCUGCACGUAAAAGAAAAGAGGAAGAGGAGCUGAUGAUAAAGGAGGAAUGGGAGGCCCAGCAGAGAAGAGAACAAGAAGAAAACGAGCAGAAGCAGCAGGAGAAACGAGGCAGAGAGGAGGCUGUUCAGAAAAUGUUGGAUGAAGCUGAAAAUCAGCUUGAAAAUGGAGGAGCAUGGAUGAAUCCUGAAGCUCCUGUGACGGAGAACUCUGAGAACUUUGGGACAGAGCGCGAUGUAGCCAACUGUCCGUUCUUCCUGAAGACCGGGGCAUGUCGAUUUGGAGACAGAUGUUCUCGUAAGCACGCUUACCCCACAGCCAGCCCGACUCUGAUGAUCCGUGGCAUGUUUACAACAUUUGGCAUGGAGGAGACACGACGAGAUGAUUAUGACGUCGACGCUUGGUUGGAACACAGCGAGGAGGAGCUGCAGGAGUCUUUCCUGGAGUUCUACCAUGAUGUCCUGCCAGAGCUCAAGAGAGUCGGCAAGGUGGUGCAGUUCAAGGUCAGCUGCAAUUAUGAACCACACCUGAGAGGAAAUGUUUACAUUCAGUUUGACACAGAGGAGCAGUGUAAGGAGGCCUUUAUCAAGUUCAAUGGGAGGUGGUACGCAGGCCGACAGCUUCAUUGUGAGAUGUGUCCUGUUACACGGUGGAGGAAUGCUAUAUGUGGAUUAUUUGACAGACAAAAGUGCCCCAAAGGAAAGCACUGCAACUUCCUGCAUGUAUUUCGAAACCCUGGCAAUGAAUUCUGGGAGGCCGACAGGGACCUGCACAUGUCACCAGACCGUAGUGUCAGAGGGAGUCGCAGAGACGGAUGGAGUUCAGAGCGAUAUGGAGACAGAUCGCGGAGACAGCGUCUCUGCAGCCGAAGCCCGCCGAGAUCUGAGAGAUCCCACAGCAGACGAGAGGGCGACCGGCGGAGGAGCAGGAGCCGGAGUCGAGAGAGGAGAGCCUCCUACCACCAGCAUAAAGAGGACAAGUGGUCAUCCAGAUCCAGACACAGUGAAAGGAGGACCUAUUGGUAUCCGAGCAGAAGUAGAGACAGAUCGAGGAGUAGAAGUAGAGACAGAGAGCCAGACAGGCUGAGAAACCGGAGUAGAGAUAAAGACAGGUGUAGGAGUGGAAGUGAAGACAGAAACGGUAGAAGCAAAGAUAUAGACUCUGACAGAAAAGCAAGAAAAAGGUCAAGAAGCUCAAGCAGAGAGGAGGAAACAAGCAAGCACAGCAGAGAAAGGAGCCCCAAGGAACCAGAUAAAAAUGAGAAAACCUCAAAUGAUGACACCAGCACACGCCGCCACCAUAAACAGUCCAAAAAAAGCAAGAAAAAGAGUAAGAAGAAGCAUAAGAAGAAGAAGAGCCAUUUGCCUGAGGAGGUGACCUCCUCCGGAGAGUCAGACAACGACAAAGAGUCAAAGGAAGAGACAGUGGAGAAUCCCAGUCAGGAUAUAAAUGAAACGGAGCUAAUCCAGAAAAGUAAUGAUCUGGAUGAGAGUCAGUGUGUUGUCAGUGAGAAGGCUUUUAGUCCUGAGGUGAAAAUUGAACAGUCUAACACAGAAGUAGAAAUAGAAAGUGAGCCGACUACACAAGGUGACACGAGUACAUGUUAACAGCUCCUGCAUUUGAAAAUCCAUACAUUUGGCCUCAGUGGUGUGAAUGAAUAGGAAGGAAUAAAUGAAAAUUUUCAGCCAUGAUAACAGCAAGUCACCACUCAAUACAUUUGUGAAUAUUUUGCUUUUGGAAAAAAUGGUUAAUGUUG